AUGUCGGUCGUUCCUAUGUCUCAGCGCCUGGAACUUGAAAUUAAGGACAAACAGAUUUCUGAAUUGGAUCUGUCGGAAAAUCCCAUUGUUGACGGCCUCGACACCUUGACGGAAUGUCCUAAGCUCGAGACUCUUAACCUGUCUGGAAACAAAUUAAAGGCUGUAGCUGACUUGGCUCCCCUAGCUAGCCUUGAACAUCUGAAGUCUCUUGAACUGAACAACUGUGACAUUGCUGCCAUCGAGGACUACCGUAAGGAAGUCUUCGCCGUCCUUCCCAAACUGAAAUACUUGGAUGGUCUCGACCAGAGCGGUGGGGAUGAGCCUGUGACCGAAGUGGCCGCAGAAGCCGUCACAAAACCAGUUAAAGUAGAUGUAGCAACUGAAAAAAAUGGGUCACACGUAGAAGAGGGUGAUGACGAAGAGGACGACGAUGAAGAUGAUGACGAGGAAGAAGAAGAGGAAGUUGGAAUUUCUGCGCUUCAGGGUAGUAAAGAACUAGAAGAUGAUGAAGAAGACUAUGUUCCUGCCAAGGAAUCGGAGGACGCUCCUAGCGCGAAGUGCAAGGCAACCGAUGAGGCUGGCGACCAUGCCGUGGAGACCGUCAACGGAUCCAAGGCUGAUGCAUAG